AAACAGGGGUGACGUGCACUUUGCAUUGAAUGGUUGCAGCAAUUUCAUUGCCUUUUUGUGAAACAUUACGCAGAACAAACACAAAGGAAGUUGGGAGUGAUUUUCGGGAAAUUUCUUUCAUUACUCGGGACUUGUUCCGACCGGACUCGGCUACGUUAAUGGACCAGUUGUAAAGGAUCAAUCAGCGACGAUGGUUUACAUUGCGAGAGACGGAAGUGUCCACGAAUCCCCGCCAUGGAGCGUCCAGCGGUUCAUCGGGAUGAUUACGGGAUUCUUCAGCUUGAUCGCCAUGUUCUUCAAAACAAUGUUCAACAUGGACUCGAAUAGAGCAUCCCGCGGUCAGGAUUCCAGCGGUGUCCGGUGGAGCGGUGGCGGAGGAGGCGGUGGUGGUCCACCUCCGCCGGGAGGCCCCCGGCGCCGGCCAAUCGGCCGGAUGAUGACCCUCAGCGAUUGUACCGUGCCCGGAGGCGGAUGAGCGCGGUAAAGCGUUCACCUUGGGAAUUGCCCCGCUUUUCCUGGUGGACGCCGCUGAAUGUUCGAAGUGUUGUCAUUUGAGCGUCUAAAAGAUUUCUCCUUUUGCGUCUUUUGUAUGACGAGCAAGUUCUAAACCCACGCUAAACCACGGGCGGAUUUGUUCCGAAGAAGAUUCUCGAACGAUGACAAUGGUGUCAAGGAUUGUGUAUGAAGGUGUAACUUUCAACUUUUUGUUUACGUUUAGUUUCAAAUCAAUCUUAGUAAGCGUGUUGGUGAAAA